ACUACUCCUUCCUCCAACGCUGAACCGCAAUAUCCGGCGUAGAAGAAGAAGUUCACGCUGUUGUACAUCAUUUGACUGCAUCCAGUGUUGUGCAGCAAUGAAUAGAGAACCCAGAUUCCAGCACUAGUCUGUCAACAUUAAAAGAGCAAGCAUGAGUAGCCUGGAUCAAGACCAGUGUCUCCAUCCUAGUUGCCGUGACAAAACAACAGUCUCCAGUGAUCCAUCAGAUGCUUGUGAUCUUGCCAAGCAGCCUCUCCAAGGUCUAAAAUUGGCGUCACAUGAAGUGCUGGAGAACGCGCAGCAGAAAGGCAGGUUGAAAUGCACUAAAUGUGGAGGAUCAAGGAUGUUCUUCUGCUACACAUGCUGCUCAUUAGUGGGUGUCACCCUGCAAGAUAUCCCUUUAAUUAAGCUUCCUGUUAAAAUAGACAUUAUCAAGCAUCCAAAUGAGACGGAUGGAAAGAGCACAGCGAUCCAUGCCAAGAUCCUCGCUCCCAAUGAUGUCACCAUAUACACUUACCCCUGCAUACCUGACUAUGAAAAGGACAAGGUGGUGUUGGUGUUCCCUGGUCCUGGUGCUGUCUCAGUUAGAGACAUGAUGCAGUGUCUGUAUGACAGGACUGACAGCCAGUCACACGACUACUCUCAUGGACACAGCGUAAAGAGGCUAAAAAGGGAGGAAGGUCAAGGCGCCACACACACCGACAAGAACCCAGAGUCAGGGACCCAAGGUGAAAAAGAGGGCUCAGAGUCAAGGGUGUAUCCCCUACAGAGGGUGGUCUUCAUUGACAGCACAUGGAACCAGACCAACAAGAUCAGCACAGAUGAGAGACUGCAAGAUUUCAUACGGGUAGAGCUGAAGACGAGGAAAACCUGUUUCUGGCGUCGUCAGAAGGGCAAACCAGACACCUACCUUGCUACCAUUGAGGCUAUUUAUUAUUUCCUGAAGGAUUAUCAUGAGCUUUUUGUUGCAGAGGAGUACAAAGGAGAAUAUGAUAACCUGCUCUUCUUCUACUCCUACCUGCACUCUGUCAUCAACACUGCUAAGGCUUCUGCAGGAAAAUGCUGAGAGGAAAAACUGGAAUCAGCUGCUUAAGACUUAAUAGCUGAGUUGGUUCACAUGAAAUCCUUUUUUUCUGGUUUUAACGGUAAAUUCUUUUUUUUUUUAAGGGAAAUUGUGACUGAUCUAUUUGUACAUGAUGCAGCAAUAAACAAAGGGUUACUGGUUGAUUUAAAUAAAUGAGGUGUUCUUUACAAA